AUGUAUUUACAAGUCGCCACUCUUGUCGUUAUACUUCACUACGUCGACUCUUCAUUGCCAUUCUGCUAUCGGCAACAUCCAAGGUCAAAUGAGCGAAUAUGCGUUAGCCAAUUCAUAUGGAUAAUGAAAUCACUUGUGUAUGCUAAUCUCCUCAUGAUUAGCGCCCAAAUUCUCAUUGAACGUAGGAAUAUAGGACCUACUCCAAAUGGAAUAGCGUUUGCUUAUUUCACAGCUAUUGGUGAGUUUCACAUUAGGAUACGUAUGCAAUUUUUCUGCAUGAAUUACUAUAUGAAGAACGACUGGGCGCUACUGGAAAUCGCGUCACGUGUACACGUUAUUCAAACGCAUACGAAUGAAGCCACUCUCAUAUCUGACGGUUUUCCUCUUUACAGUGCAGUUCGCCACAUUUCUAAAACACUUCUAUCGUUUGUAUGUCAAAACAUGGAGAAAGUGGUAAAAUUAUGGGGUGUGUAG